AUGGAUAGCAAGGAAUUGGGCCCCGACGUCCCUCAAGCGUCUCAUGAUGAGAAGCAUGCCCUUGAUGGAGCUCACAACGAUGUUCCUCCCGGCAGCGGAGGUCGACGCGGUUCAACUGCUCUCAACAUUGUUGAAAACCCGUUGCAGCGCGUAACACCAGAAAAAGCCGUCAACGAUGCUCGCCUCUUCGCCCAGAACCACGGCAUGCCCGAACAUGCAGAACUCUUUGGACGCGCUGCUCUCGUAGCCCGCGAUCUAGACCGCUUCAACAAUGUCAAAGAACUCCAAGAAGACGAACGACAAGCCCUCGAGUACGAGAGAGAUCACAAGUGGCACGGCCCAAAGAUGCUCUGGUACUCAAUCGGACUGUGCGCCAUUGGAGCCGCCACCCAAGGCUGGGAUCAGACCGGUUCCAACGGUGCUAAUCUUUCGUUCCCUAAAGAAUUUGGCCUCGACGAGGAAAAGAGUAUUCGUGAUCAAUGGAUUGUCGGUCUGGUCAACUCCAUCAUCUUUCUUACUGCUGGUCUCAUUGGUGCAUUCAUCGUUGAUCCUCUAAAUCACUACUUUGGUCGUCGAGGUGAAAUCUUCAUCACCGCAUGCUGUCUUACCGCAACGCCUAUCGCUUCCGGCUUCACCCACUCGUGGCAAACACUUUUCGCUGUCCGCUUCGUAAUGGGCAUCGGUAUUGGAGCCAAAAACGCUACGGUCCCCAUCUACUCAGCAGAGAUGGCUCCCGCGCGCAUCCGUGGUGCCCUAGUCAUGUUCUGGCAGUUGUGGGUCGUCAUCGGAAUCUUCCUCGGCUUCUGCGCCAACGUUAUAGUCAAGGACACUGGCCGAAUCGCGUGGCGUCUACAGCUUGGCUCUGCCUUUAUCCCCUCCUUAAUCUUGGGUAUCGGUAUCUUCUUCUGUCCCGAGUCACCGCGUUGGCUCAUGAAGCACGGCAAGCAUGCCAAGGGAUUCCAGUCGAUGCAGAGGCUACGAGCUCACGAUAUCAUUGCUGCGAGAGACUUUUACUACUCCUGCAUUAUCUACGAGGAGGAAUUACUUGUCGCGAGGGGUGCCGGGUACUUCCAGCGCUUGUGGGAUUGCUUUGCUGUGCCACGAAUUAGACGCGCCAACUACGGUGCCUCGACUGUCAUGAUUGCGCAGCAGAUGUGUGGUAUCAACAUUAUUUCCUUCUACAGUUCGACCAUCUUCGUCAACGCUGGAUACACGCAGGUUGAGGCUUUGUAUGCUUCGCUUGGAUAUGGUGCUAUUCAAGUUAUCGCAACAAUCCCAACGUUGUUCCUCAUCGACACCAAGGGACGACGAACUCUUACUCUCAUUACCUUCCCGUUCAUGUGUAUCUUCUUGCUCGCUGCUGGUCUGUCUCUCCUCAACCACAGCGACAGCAGAGGUGCCCGGAUUGGACCUGUUGUUCUCUUCGUCUAUCUCUUCACAAUCGCCUACUCUCUGGGUGAAGGUCCAGUCGCCUUCCAAUACUCUGCCGAAGUAUUCCCCACCAUCCAGCGUGAGCAGGGUAUGGCCUGGGCCGUCUGCAUCAACAACACCUUUGCUGGUGUUCUUGGACUUACCUUCCCUCGAAUGACUGCUGCCAUGUCACCCACUGGAGCCUUCGGCUUUUACGCAGGACUCAACCUGAUCGCGUGGGGCAUGAUCUUUUGCUUCGUCCGUGAAACCAAGCAGCUCACACUUGAGGAACUCGACCAGGUCUUUUCCGUCCCAACAAGCCAGUUCAUUUCUUACGAGACCAAGGUCUGGCUGCCAUACUUUAUCAAGCGCUAUAUCCUCCGCAAGCAGAUUGAGAAGCCCCCAAGAAUCAUUGAGCGUGCCGAUAAGUCUCAGGACUCUGCUUGA